CUGACUAAUUCUAGGGAACGGUUAUUCGUUUUCUCAUAAUUCAGGACAUUAAGAGGUUUUGGCUAUACCAAAUGUGUUAUUAGAUAUAGUGAGCAAGACAUUGAAGCAUUUGUUAUCAUUAUUAGAUGAAAUAUAUACUACUUAAAUAACUUGCAUUUAUAAGUGUUUGGUAUGCAUACGGAUGCAGCUUACACUCAAACGUGAAUCAGGACAGUGUGGUGAAAAUAAAUUAAUGAAGAACAAAUUAUAUUAGUUUAUGUUAAAGUAAAAACAAAACGGAAGAAAAGGAUAUUUCUUUCAAAUAACGGGAUCAUGAAGAGUCUGUUGGUGCUUCUUGAAGUGACGCUGCAGCUGUUUGUGCGGGCGGUGGACCCGGAGUUUGACCUUUCGCCCGUGAACGUGACGGCCGUGCGCGGUCAGCCGGCCGUCCUUCCGUGUGGCGUCGUCAACAAACUCGACAGACAGAUAAUAUGGAUGAAUCCAAAACGUAUUUUGAUCAGCACAGAGGACAGGCGAGUCAUCGACGAUACCCGGAUGUCAAUCGAGCGUCCUUUCGUGCGUGACUGGAAUCUGCACAUCCGGAAUGUACAGACGGACGACGAUGGCGAGUACACUUGCCAGAUAAACACUGACCCCAUUCAAAUCAAACGUAUUCGGCUCAAAGUCCAAGUUCCUGCGGAAAUCGAGAAUAAGACGUCUAGCGGGAACGUGACUGUGAACGAAGGGGACAAGGUGGAGCUCACGUGCCAGGCGUCCGGAGUCCCAGAGCCGUCCAUCUCAUGGUUCCGCCGCACCGCCCAGACCAACAACGCCAGGGAACACGUGGGUACGGUCGGCGAGCUGCUCAUUAUCCACAACAUAUCGCGCUACUGUGGCGGCCUGUACGAGUGCGAGGCCAGCAACAACAUCGCGCCGCCCGCACGCAGGCUUAUCAACGUCCAGGUCGCAUUUUCUCCGGAAGUGCGGUUCAAGACGCCGCGGCGUAUUAGUCAGGAACUUGGAAAAGAGGCGCUGCUCGAGUGUUUCGUAUCGGCCUUCCCUCACGGCGUUUCCACGUGGACGCGUAACGGGCGGGAGGUGAUCGGCACCGGGCAAUACCACCGGAAGUACCGUACAGACAUCUACAAGGAGGACGGAUUCACGUUAGCGCUCUAUCUCAGAAUUCUUAACCUGGAGCCAGCAGACUUCGGCACAUACGCCUGUGAGGCCUCGAACUCGCUAGGCAAUGACAGAGAUACAAUAGUUUUAUAUGAAUAUUAUGUGCCAACUCCACCACCGACUACAAGAGCGCCGGUUCGACAACCGGAAGUGUGGACGCCGACGGAAAACCUCUCACAUCAGGAGAGGAAGUAUGAUUCUAUAGAUCGGGGCGAGAUAAGUGCCGGUGAACGCGCACAUGCCGUCAGCGGAACCUCGCACAUAUCUGGAUUUGUGGGUGCCAGCAACAGCUAUCGUCCAAACUCCGCCACCCUGGUACUGCACACAGCGCUCACAUGCCACCUUGCCCUACUCGCAUCCUUAGUUUUCCAAGUGUACUACAAAUACACGUGCUCAUGAGUGUGACCUUCAAGUCUUCUGGGGAAUUACUUACAUAUAAAACGUAUUAUCGUAUUCUAGUGCGACGAACCUACAAUCGAAGGGAACUGCAAUUUAUUUUAUUUUGAAGGGGAAAAUUUAAAACGAUUGUAUUCAGAUAUAUUGACAAAUAUGUAUAUAUAAUGUGGUAUAUCUCGUUCGGUCAAGAAGGCCAAGUCCGUUAGGUUAUAGCAAAUUGAUUCUAUGUUCAGCAAAGCAAGUGUCAUUCUCCCUUUACAAUUGGAUAAACAUGUAUAUGCACUACUUAAACAGAAACUACAUUCGCAAGCACGUACAACUAGAAAUUUUCUCCAGGUGUAUGAUAUAUAACUGGCACCAUAUCAUUACUUUUUUAAUUAUUAAAUUUCGCUUAAUGUUGUUUUCAUAUUGAAGGCUGAAAAUCGACCCGUCAGAUGACGCUUUAACCUAGACUCAGUUUAGCAUGACUUAACACGUGCUCCUUGUUUGUUUUUCUUAAAAUACUGCUUGCAAUAUUAAUCAGCAUUUCGAAGUUUUGAAGCAUUGAAUUAUGACGAUGUUUAUUCCACCCAAAAUCGACGAUUGAAUUCUAAAGGAGGUUUCGGGAACAUCAAAAGACCGCCAGUAAUGGAUGUUAUAGUAUUAUGUGUCAAUAUAAUUAAAUUCGAACGGCCAGACGGCGCUGAAAAUGUCAUUUAAGACGUAGGGUGUGCCGUUAAUAGGACUCGUAGCCAACAACAGGCAGAAAUGCGUCCGCGCCUGAGGGUGACUUCAAACCAGUUUGAAACGUUGGAUGUGAUUGUUUUAGUUUUAGCGGUAUAAUGUGACGUCAUCAGAACUAAAUUGCAACGUGAAAGUGCUUGUUUGAACUUAUUUCAAAACACGUUUGGAAACAGUUCGAACUAGUUCGUUGAUAUUUGGCUUCACAUGUAUAUAAUUUAUGUAUAAGUUUGUCGAAUGCUUUAUCAUUAGGGAAGGUGCGUAGAGGUGUUCUGUGAUUCGUAUUUAACGAUACACAAUCAUGUUUAAAUGGUUACAUUAUGUUAAGCUCAUGGUCAUUCAUUGUGCUCAUUUAUAGUCAACAUCCCAUCGACCGGAUGUUCAUAGUCCGCAUCCGGAUGUCUCUGAAUGGAUGUAAGCAGAGCCUAUGUGUGUAAACCUGCCAGUGACAGUGUAAUUUGUGUUUUGAGUGUUUGACAUUUUCACUGUGUGUGAAUAUUUGUGUACAUUUCGUAAUAUUUACUAAGACUGUUUAUCCAACAGCUGUAUCAUAAUAUUGUUAAUAGGUGCACACUAAAUUAUAAUCAUAUAAUUUGUAAAUAAACACAUAAUGCACUUAC